AUGCUCCUGAACGGUUUUGCAGUUGUGUGUAGAACUGUGCAGUAUACAGCUUACGAAGAAGAUGCUCCAGGCACCGAAAUUGGAAAUUUAGCCAGAGAUCUGAACAUUAAUCCCGCAGACGACCCGCAAACAAGUUUUCGUUUUAUGGAGCGGCCGAACUCAACCUGUAUUAGUCUGAAGGAAGCAAAUGGACUGCUGACUAUCGGAGAACGAAUCGACCGAGAAGAGAUAUGUAAGCAAGCCUCUCAGUGCCGGAUAACCUUUGACAUUAUCAGCUUUUCUAUGGAGAAGUACCAGUUGAUUCACGUAGAGGUAGAAGUCAAGGACAUAAAUGACCAUUCACCCCAAUUCGUGCACAAUGAGAGCUAUAUUGAGAUUUCCGAAAGCUCACUUGUUGGCAGUCGUUUUCCUUUAGAAGUAGCAGUUGACUGGGAUGUUGGCCCUUACUACAUUCAGACUUACCAUAUUUCUUACGACAGUCACUUUGGCAUUGAAGUGCACAGCAGAGAAGAUGGAGUUAAAUAUGCUGAACUGGUCUUAGCCAAGCCGUUAGAUAGGGAGGUCGAAGACUCCUAUACUCUUCAGCUGGUUGCUACAGAUGGAGGGAAUCCACCCAGAUCCGGCGCCGUUACUGUCAACAUUAAAGUGACUGAUUAUAACGAUAACAGCCCAAGCUUUGAGAACAAUGUGGUGACAGUGGAGUUGAACGAGGAUGCCCCAGUAGGCUUUCUGCUGCUAACACUCAACGCUGUGGAUCCAGAUGAAGGUGUCAACGGUGAAGUUCUUUACGGGUUUGGAUCGCAAGUCUCCUCUGAGAUACUUCAGACUUUUCAACUGGAUCCUUCGUCAGGGCGUUUGAGCUUAAAAGCGCUCGUUGACUUCGAGAAAAGAACAAAUUACGAAUUACUAAUCCAAGCAUAUGAUUUGGGAUUGAACUCCAUUCCGACAACUUGCAAAGUUCUCGUUGAGGUGUUGGACGUCAAUGACAAUGCGCCUGAAAUUAACAUCAAACCGAUGACUUCUACCAGUGCUGGAGUGGCGUAUAUAACUGAAGCAGCGGCCAAAGACAGCUUCGUGGCACUAAUCAGCACUUCGGACAGAGACUCGGGCGCUAAUGGUUAUGUUAAAUGCAGCAUUUACGGCCACGAGCAUUUCAAGUUACAACAGGCCUAUGAGGACAGCUACAUGAUUGUGACAACAGCGACUUUGGAUCGGGAAAAGAUACCCGAAUACAAUCUCACCGUGACGGCCGAAGAUCUGGGCUCUCCGCCAUUUAAAACAAUUAAACAAUACACCAUUCGUGUCAGCGAUGAAAAUGACAGCCCCCCACUCUUUAGUAAGUCUGUUUACGAGGUCUCAGUCGUUGAAAAUAAUGUGCCAGGGUCGUACAUUACGACGGUGGUUGCCCGUGAUCCGGAUUUGGGUCAUAACUCUAAAGUUACAUACAAGAUACUCAGUUCGGAGACGAACGGACCUCCCCUGUCAUCAUUCGUGUCCAUUGAUCCAGCUACAGGCUCUAUAUAUUCUGUAAGAUCAUUCAAUUACGAGAUGAUUAAGCAGAUUGAAAUGAAGGUAAGGGCCAGUGAUUCGGGAACCCCACAACUCUCAAGUACAGCCACAAUCCGAUUGAAAAUAGUGGACCAGAACGACAACUUUCCUUUCAUCACUAAUCCAAUUUUAAUGAACGGCUCUGCUGACCUGCGCUUGCCUAACAACGCCCCACCAGGUUACCUCGUCGUGCACCUCAAAGCAAGGGAUCUGGACGACGGGGUCAACUCAGAAUUAUCUUAUAAAAUAUUGCAAGACCGGGAAAAUAUGUUCACUCUUAACAAACAGACUGGAGAAAUAUCUUUGAAGCACGGUCUAAGCUAUGUUACGGGGGAUGUGUUAAGGCUGACAGUAGCGGUGAAUGAUAACGGACGCCCUUCUCUCUCUUCCACCGCUGUUCUUAACUUCAUAGUGACCGAGACGUAUCCCGAUGACGAGCUUGUCAUUAUUUUACCAUCGAGUGAAGAACAGCCUGAGUGGGACGUCUCCCUUAUCGUAAUUAUCAUGCUCGGUGGGGGGUGCGCAUUGUUGCUUGUGGCAAUCAUCGCAGUCGCAAUCUCCUGCAAAAGGCAUCGGACACACAAAACCGGGAAAAGCGACAUUGUAGAAGGACAGUCGUCGGUCUGCAGCACAAGAUACCUACGGGACUUAAACAGAGGUCUGGGAGACCUGAGAGAGGCGGAAACCUUGUUUGAAAGUCAAAAGGCGCAGGAAGCAAACAAAAAGGUGUUCAUUCCUGGUAACCCAUUUUCUGAAACUGAUCUACAAAAAAUACGUACAUGGCAAGAAGAAAAAUAUUUAGAUUUAAGCUGUGUUACGAAUGCUGAUCAACUGAGCACAAAGGACAGUGGUCAAGGAGACAGUGAUUUUAAUGACAGUGAUUCUGAUAUCAGCGGAGAUGGGUCCAAGAAAAUCCCCACCUCCUUCAAUGCAGUUCAUAAUGGCACAUUCCAUUCAGCACAAUCUGGAAUCAAAUUUUGUAUGAUUCCCAUUGAUGGACCUCCAUCGUAUGGAAAUGGUUACAGCAUUGCAUACUCCCAAACAUCUGUUUAUAAUCCCAAGACAGAAUUCAGGAGAGCGGCUUAUCAGACAGGUCACCAUCCAUGGAGAGAUACUUCCUACCGUACAAACCUGCCCAAGACCAAAGGUUUACUGCAAGCUAUUCCAAGAACUGGCCCUGUGCCUGCUCUUCAGCUGUGCUAUGAGAAUCAGACUGAAAUGACGCAGACAGAGAGGGCACCUCAACUUGAAAAAGAGACACAGGAAACGUCAGCUGUACUCCAUGUUGCCACUUCAUUUUAGAGAGGCUAAUGACAGUACAUUGUC